AUGAAGAGAUUGAUAAAUCCAGACCAGAAUUACAAAUAUGAAUCAUCAGAGUUAUCGGAUUUAAGUGAAUAUAAGGAGAAUGAUGAAAAUCAGAUUUUACUUGACUCGUUUGAUACAUCAGAGCUUGAAGAAGCUGAUAAAGACAAAAUGAGGUCGCAGGGGAGUUUGAAUGAUAAAAGCAGCGAGGAGUCGUCGGAACAAGAGGAAGACAUGCGAUUGGAGGAUUCAAGAGACGGAGAUGGAUUGUUAGGAACUGCAGAAGAAAUAGACAGAAAUAUUCACGAAGCUAUGAUAACGGAAGGAAACUCAUCUAAUAGUAAUAGCCGAGACGGCAACAGUAAUGAUAAUGACAACAUGGGAGGACAUACGGACAAUGAUUUGGAGCUGCAGGUUACGGGGGGACGUUUGACCCCGAAGGAAAGAGUGGUGAAUGUUUUGAAUAGUGUUUUCCCAAUAAGGCAGACCUAUGAAAGAAUAAAUAAUGGAUUGACUACGGGAAGAAUGCAAGCAAACUUGCCGGGGAGAUUUAUAGGUCAAGGAACAGAUGGGGUAUUCCGUAAUUUGAUGGCAAAGCCUGAUAGAGAGGCAAAUAGAUUCGAAGAAACGCACCCUCCAUCCUACGAAGAGGCUGCUGCUGACGCAACGCCUGAGUAUUGGGAAUCGACCGUUGUUUCACCAAUAUAUGAAGAUGAAGUAUUUGUUGAAGGUUUACCAGUUGGAAAUGUGGCGAACUUGGUGUGGAAUAUUUUGGUGAGUUCGGCAUUCCAGUUUGUUGGAUUUGUAUUGUGUUACUUAUUGCAUACAUCCCAUGCUGCUAAACAAGGUUCAAGAGCAGGACUAGGUGUAACGUUUGUUUAUUAUGGAUAUGGAAUGAUUCCGUCGAACUUUGGGAGUGCCGAAAAGGUUCCAGAUAGAUAUGAACCAAACAAUCCAAACCAGAUUGACGUAGAUCAGUCAGCUUCAAUUAAUGAUGGUAAAUUAGACAAUUACAAAUCUGGAAUAUUUCAGCAACAUAAAGAUUCUCCCGAUACGAAACUCAAUCAAACUCCGUACUUUGCAUACGGCAUUAUUGCAUUUGGAAUAUUUAUUAUAGCAAAGGCCUUCAUCGAUUAUUAUAGAGUGAAGCAGAUGGAGAGGGUAAUAUUAUCUCCUCCUUCUAAUGAGACAGUAGUUACAAACUCGGUUACAGAAAAUACUGGAAAUACCGGGGAAGUCUAA